AUGGAUCAACCUGUUAUUCAAAUUGAUACUAAAGAAUCAAAACCAUUAUUUAAAUUAUCUAAUUACAGAAUGACUGUUCAUGCUUUAUUACUUACAUUUAUUAGUUGCAUUUAUGGUGGUGUACCUACCAUUGUAUUAUUAGUCAUUGGUGGAAUUAUGAUAUAUGACAAUAUUAACAAAAAUGCAUUGUCUAUUAAAGCAUCAAUACCAUUUAUUGUAUUAACAGGGUUUUUCUUUUUAUCACUAAUAGUUAAUUUUAUUAGUACUAUGGAUAUUAGUAUUAAUACUUUAUUAAUAUUCUUUACAUUAAUGAUUUACAUUGUGUUAUAUCUUGUAUGUAUAAUGUUUAAUUUUAAUUUAAUUAAAGAAUUUAAUUUUAUUGAUAAAAAAGACAUUGAAGUUAUUUUAAAUAUAAUGUCUUCUACUUUAGGAUUUAUCUCUAUUCCAGUAACAAGUUAUGCUAUUACUCAUUUUAUUCCUUCAUUAGAACUUUACGUUCCAUUCCUUUUCGUUUUUGUUCAUUUAAUUACUUCACCAAAUGGAGAUGAUCCAAUAUUAAUUUCAUUCUCAGCAAUUAUCACUCUUAUUGCAUCUGUAUUUUCCUUUUUAGAAUUAGGUCAACUAUAUAUUAUUAUGUUACCAAUGUCAUUGUAUCUUCUUAUAUUAACUCCUCAUUUACAUUUCUUAGCUUUAGCUUCAGUACCAAUGUUUGUAUCAAGUUGUACAAUGUUAUUAUCAGAUAAUAUGAUCUAUUUUACUUUAGUUGGAAUUAUUUCCGUAAUUUUUGUUUUAACAACACUAAAACGACCUAAUAUAAUAGAGUGUAGUGUUUUAUGUUUAUUAAUAUCAUUACUUACCUUUUUAGUAUUAUCAUCUUCAAAAAUAAAUACUAUAACUUUAAUUAUAACAUCAUUAGGAAUUGGCUUAAUUGCAUUUAGAAUUAGAUUUGAUUUUGAUAUAAUUACUUUUAUUUCUGUUAGCUCUGCUGUUGUUGUUCUCUUUAUGUAUCUUUAUACUUCAUUCUAUCAUAUUUAUUUCCAUAUUACUAGAUUUAUAAUUUUUAAUAUAAACCUUCAUGACUUUACUAUUAUUUAUGCAAUAUACGCAACAUUCACUUUGUUAUUACCUUAUUUAAUGGUAAAAACAAAUAGAACAACAUUUAGUGUUCUUACAACUAUUUAUUCUUUUGGAUUAGCUACAAUUGAGUAUAUUGUUGCAUCAAGAAGAAAUGGUGUUUUUUAUAAUGAUAUUUAUUGUGUUUUUACAGGUAUAAUGCUUUGUUUAAUUGGUUAUUUAAUGUAUAAAACAAAGAAGAUUUAUUUAACUUCAUUUGCUAUAAUAAUUUCAUUCCAAAUAGCAAAAUUAUCAAUGUUUAUUUUCCCAAGAUAUUUGUCUAUCUUUUCUAUUGCUGUUUAUCUAUCAACUAUCAUUAUUAGACAAUCUUAUCACCCUGACGUAGUUAUUGACACUACUUAUUUCAUUGUAAACCAGAUAUGGAAUGCGUUAACUUCUUUAACUAUUUCUGCAACAUUUAUUUCAACUCUUCAUGUUAUUUAUUUCAAUGAAGUUCCUACUUAUGUCCAAACAUUAUUGGAAACAUUUUUAUUAAUGUGUAUUCUUGCUACACAUGAGUGUUAUGUUUUAAAGAAUAAUUACUUUGUUAUUCCAUUUACUGGAUUCUUUGGAGGUGCUCUUGGUGUUCUUCUCUCUCUUGGUGCAAGUUCUUCUCUUGAUCAAUUAUUGAUAUUCUUUAUUAUAGGAACUUUAAUAUUUACUUCAACUAAUUAUACUUACAGUAUUGCUCAUAACUUCCUUACUAGAUUAGUAUUUAUUGUUUCUCUCUCAUUUUUAUUUGCUCAUUAUAUGUUUGGUUAUUUACCUAUUGCACCUUCUUGGUUCUUUAUCUUAUUAUUGAUACCGUCAUGUUGUGGUAUUGCUAUUACAAUGGAAACUAUCUUUAUAAAUCAAAAAACUAUUAAAUUGUUGUUACCAUUAUAUUCUAUAUUAUGUAUUUCUCUUCCAUUAUCAUUUGCUGGUGCAGUAGUAAUUACUCUUAACUUGAUUCAGUUAAGGUCUAUAGCAAGUGUAGUUUUUAGUUUACACUUCACAUUACAUGUAGCUGUUUUAAUAGCUAAUAAUAUAUCUCAAAAACAAAUGAUUAAGAAAUAUUCAUACAACACAAUGAUGACAAUUGUUAGUGGUCCAUGGUCAGUUAUUAUGGGUGUUUUCCUUCAUUAUUUUAUCUUAAAUGGAUCGUCAAUUUCAGUCCUCAUUUUUGUUCCUCUCUUGGAAUUGAUUAUUGUUGAAAAGUUUAUUAAAUUAGAAGAAAGAAAACGUAGUGGAUUAGUAUUGUUUUCAAUUAUUAUUAUUUUACCAUUAUUAACUCUUUCAAGUAUAUUAAAAUAUGGAUUUAAUAUUUAUGUAUUAACAACAUAUAUUUUUGUUAUUAUAUGGAACAUUUUUAUUACUUUUUUCGCUUUAUUCCUUUUCACUAAAAAGGAGACUUUCCAAUUCCCUAUUUUCAUUAUUGUAACCCAAUUUGUUGUUUCUAUAUUAAUCCUCUGCUUUACAACAAAUGACCUAAUAUUUACACAAUGUGUUCUUGUUGUUUUUAUUGCACCAAUUGCUAUUUAUAUGCAAUUAACUAAUAAAACAGAACACAAAGAUUCAUUAGUUCUUUGA